UUCCGUCCAGCUAAAAAUCGGGUGAUGGUAACGAUAAUUUUAUUUGUCCACUGAAAGACAUAUUGUCACAUGGUUGAUCAAUUUCGAAUAAAAUAUAAAAAUGGUACUUUUAAACGCACAAUUUAUACUGUUAAUAAACUUGGGUUUAUUGUCCAUACAUACUAGUGUAGGAGAAAAUAAAUACUCGGCCGAAGCGAACAAACCUAAACAUGUAGACUCUUCGCAAUUUCCAACUUCUCUCAGAGACUUGGAUAAACCAUUUAGAAUGGCCAAAUUAAAUAUACUUUGGGCUAAAGCGAAGAACCGUCUGACAGAUACUAAGCUGCAAUCAAUCUUCAGUGACCUGAAGAUUCAUGAUAAGGAGGAAAUCGCAUACAAGCAUUUCAAAUCUGAUGGAAAAGAUCCUGAUGGCUUAGAAGAAGCACGCCUGAGGAAGAAACUCAUUGGAAUAAUGAGCACAUAUGGUAUACUGGAACAUUUCGCUGAGACAGAAGAUCCAAAAUUACUUAAAAUUCACAAAGCACUGAAUGAUGGCAGCAAUUAUGCUGCAAAGGAUAUGUUUGAUGAUAAAAGAUUGAACAAAUUGUGGGCUAAAGCUGAAAUGGCUGGUUUUACUGAUGAAGAGCUUGAUGCUUUAAAGCAAGAAUUCCAACAUCAUCAAGACAAAGUGGAUGAAUACAAGAGCUUAUUGAAAGAACAGUCAGGAGAUGCAGAAAAAGCAGAAAAUGUCCUGCAUCUUAAACCAGAAAGCUGGAAUGUAUUAGAAGAAGAAGAGGAAUUAUCUAAUAAUAUACCAAAUCAGAAGUUAAACCACAUGGAAAAGGCAAAUUUACUUCGUGAAAAACAUUUGGAGAUAAGAAAUGGAUUUGAUCGCUUAGAUAGGCUUGCUGCAAAAGGACCAAAUCAUAGAGAGUUCACAGAACCUAAAGUACAAGGAUUAUGGAGAAUUGCAUUAGAAGCAAAAUUCUCUUCUGAAGAGCUAGCAUCCUUAAAGGAAGAACUACUGCACUAUGAAGGAAGAUUACUUAAACUGCGACAUCUGCACGCUGAAGGAGCUCUGGAAGCAGCCCAAAGAGGGCAACUCCACGAUUUAGAGAAUUCAACUGCAGAACAACAUAUAAAGAAACAUAUUAGAACCGUGCAGAAACUUCACACGGAUCUAGAAACCAAAAUCAUGCAGAAACAUACAGAAUUGUAAUUAAGAGAAUCGUUUGUCGCGCUAGUUCGAACGACUGAAUCUCUCAUGUUCGUGCAAAAUGUACACAUCUCCGGUGAACUGGCGAGCAUCAUAUAUCUGUGCAUGCGACUCGUUUCUUAUUGUAUCACGAUAUUUCAAUGAUAUUAUAUCACAUAUUAAAUCAAAACUGCCAAGA